AUGCACACCAAGGGCCCCGCCCCGCAGCACCACGACGGCUCCGGCCUGCGCAUCGGCAUCGUCCACGCCCGCUGGAACGAGACCAUCAUCGAGCCCCUGCUGGCCGGCGCCCGCGCCAAGCUCGCCGAGUGCGGCGUCCCGGACGCCAACGUCGUCGUCACCUCGGUCCCGGGGUCCUGGGAGCUGCCCAUCGCCGUCCAGCGCCUCUACUCCGCCUCCCAAGUCCAGUCCUCCUCCUUCUCGGGCGGCGCCCCCUCCCUCUCGGCAGGCGACCUCCUCGGCGGCUCGACGACGGACCUGACCUCCCUCCCGAAGGAAUCGUCCUCCGCGGCCGCGGCGGGAGGGCCCUUCGACGCCAUCAUCGCCAUCGGCGUGCUCAUCAAGGGCGAGACCAUGCACUUCGAGUACAUCUCCGACUCGGUCUCGCAGGGCCUCAUGCGCGUGCAGCUCGACACGGGCGUGCCGGUGAUCUUUGGCGUGCUGACCGUCCUGACCGACGAGCAGGCCAAGGCCCGCGCCGGCGUGGCGCCGGGCGGCCACAACCACGGCGAGGACUGGGGGCUCGCGGCCGUCGAGAUGGGCGUCAAGAGGAGGGAGUGGGCGGCGGGCAAGAUGGAGUGA